ACUUUCAUAAAUUACCCGUGAAUAGAUGAGGAAAGUUUAACGACUCUUUACUUGCAGGAAACUACGGGGUAAUUGCAUGCUUUAAAAGAGAAGCUACAGUGAACUUUCUGCAUGAUCGCUGUUUCCUUCCUCUUUAUAUAGAGUCUCUUGGACAUGAACCCUAUUUCUUCAAUAAUUCAUUUGUUUUCAAGAUCGUUUUUUCCUUGGUCACUAUGGCUUUCAGGGCACGAAAACCGAACCAGAAAACCAUACUUAAUUCAGAACAUCUCUUCUCAGCCAAUAGCAACCAACGAAGGUGGCGGAUGGCUUUCACAGCCAUAUCUUUUACAAGGCUUCUUGUUUCCUUAUCAAAAAAAACUCUUGAUGAGCAAACCAAGCUCUUGCGUUCCCUUCCUUAUGUUGCUAUCCAGGUGAACGAAGAUACCCCACGUGUGGAACAUGUAGCUUUUAUCAGUAUUGAUCACAAAGCACUCAGCCAGAUGGUAAAAGAGAAGACAUACGACUCCUUGAACCAACUAGGAGGAAUCAUGCAAGUUGCUGCACUUCUUCAAUGUGAUGUGAAGGAGGGUAUCAAUGGCAGUGAAGCUGAUCUUGCACGUAGAAAAGAAGCUUUCGGUGCAAAUAGGUACAAUAAGCCGCCUGCCAAAAGUUUUCUCAGCUUUGUCCUUGAAGCACUCAAGGACACGACCAUUAUCAUUCUUUUGGUCUGUGCUAUCUUGUCUCUCAGCUUUGGCAUGAAACAGCAUGGCCCAAAAGAUGGCUGGUAUGAUGGAGGUAGCAUUAUUGUUGCUAUUUUUCUUGUUGUUGUUGUCUCAGCUGUGAGCAACUUUAAGCAAGCCAGGCAAUUUGUAAAGCUUUCUGAUGAAACUUGCAACAUAAAGGUGCAAGUGGUGAGAGAUGGCAGGCACCAGAAUAUAUCUAUUUUUGAUGUUGUGGUGGGUGAUGUUGUGUCUCUAAAGAUUGGGGAUCAAAUACCAGCUGAUGGGUUGUUCUUGGAUGGUUAUUCUUUGAAGAUUGAUGAAUCUAGCAUGACUGGUGAAAGCGAUCACGUCGAGGUAAAUGAUAGCAGAAAUCCAUUUCUGCUUUGUGGAACAAAAGUGACUGAUGGCUUCGGAUCCAUGCUUGUUACAUCUGUGGGCAUGAAUACAGCCUGGGGUGAGAUGAUGAGUUCUAUAAGCCGGAAUUUAGAUGAGGAGACCCCAUUGCAAGCGCGCCUCAACAAACUGACAUCUUACAUUGGCAAAGCUGGACUGGCAGUGGCUUUACUCGUUCUUGCUGUUAUGACAAUUCGUUACUUCACAGGAAACACCACAGAUGAAUAUGGACAUAGAGAAUAUAAUGGAAGCAAGACAAAGGUCAACAAUGUGCUGAAUUCAGUUGUGGAGAUUAUUGCAGCGGCGGUGACUAUUGUGGUGGUAGCAAUUCCCGAAGGUCUGCCUCUGGCUGUAACUCUAACUCUUGCUUACUCCAUGAAGAGAAUGAUGAAUGAUAAUGCACUGGUGCGUCAACUCUCUGCAUGUGAAACAAUGGGUUCAGCCACAAUGAUCUGCACUGACAAAACAGGCACUCUCACUUUGAAUCAGAUGAAAGUUGUAGAGUUUUGGCUUGGAAAAGACCUAAUUGAGGAUGAUAUUUCAAUGGAAAUGGAACCGAAGGUCUCUCUAUUACUAGAAGAAGGGGUUGCUUUAAAUACAACAGCCAUCAUUGACAAAUCACAAUCUACUUCUAUACCUGAGAUUUCUGGUAGUCCAACUGAGAAGGCGAUAUUAUCUUGGGCUGCCCUAGAUUUGGGAAUGAAUAUCAAUGAAACAAAGAGAAAGUGUGAGAUAAUAAAUGUAGAAACCUUCAAUUCCGAGAGAAAAAGAAGUGGGGUAAUGAUGAGGAAAAACAAUGAGAAAGCAAUUCACACACACUGGAAGGGAGCUGCUGAGAUGAUAGUAGCAAUGUGUUCAACCUAUUACGUUAGAAGUGGAGAACUAGUAGACAUGAAUGAGGAAGAAAGAAAGCAAUUUAAGGAUAUAAUACAUAGUAUGGGCGCCAAAAGCCUGCGAUGCAUUGCCUUUGCGCACAGAAAGGUUGCCGAACAAAACGGGCAAGUCUCUAGAAUGCUUGAUGAAACUGAAUGUACCUUACUGGGGCUUGUGGGAUUGAAGGACCCAUGUAGACCAGGGGUUAGAGCAGCUGUAGAAUCAUGUAAGAAAGCAGAAGUUAAUGUUAAAAUGAUCACUGGUGACAAUCCUGACACCGCAAGAGCUAUAGCUAUUGAAUGUGGAAUUCUCAAUCCGGCAGAGGAUGUGGAUUACAAAGCAGUAGUAGAAGGUGUUGAAUUCAGGAACUACUCAUCUGAAGAGAGAAUGGCAAGAAUUGAUGAUAUCCGAGUAAUGGCAAGAUCAUCUCCUUUUGACAAGCUUCUCAUGGUACAGUGCCUGAAGGAGAAAGGUCAUGUUGUAGCAGUUACUGGCGAUGGCACAAAUGAUGCCCCGGCACUUAGGGAAGCAGACAUUGGGCUUUCCAUGGGAAUUCAAGGAACAGAGGUGGCAAAAGAAAGCUCAGACAUUAUCAUCUUGGAUGAUAAUUUUACCUCUGUGGUGACAGUUUUGAAGUGGGGAAGGUGUGUCUACAACAACAUUCAGAAGUUCAUUCAGUUUCAGCUUACAGUCAAUAUUGCUGCCCUUGCCAUCAACUUUGUUGCAGCUAUUUCCUCUGGUAAAGUCCCCCUGACUGCAGUUCAGCUACUGUGGGUGAACCUCAUUAUGGACACCAUGGGAGCCCUAGCAUUGGCCACUGAGCAGCCCACCAAUGACCUUAUGACAAAGCCACCUGCAGGUAGAGCUGAGCCACUUAUAACCAAUAUCAUGUGGAGGAAUCUUAUCCCUCAGGCUAUGUAUCAGGUAGCCAUCUUACUGAUUCUACAAUUUGAAGGUAAAACCAUCUUUGGUGUGAAUGAGAGUGUCAAUAAUACAAUCAUCUUCAACACCUUUGUCCUCUGUCAAGUAUUUAAUGAAUUCAAUGCGAGGAAGCUGGAGAAGAGGAACAUAUUUGAAGGGAUACAUAGGAACAAGUUAUUCCUAGUGAUAAUUGGAAUUACCAUAGUUCUUCAAGUGGUCAUGGUGGAGCUUCUGAAGCGGUUCGCCAGUACCGAGAGGCUGAACUGGGGCCAAUGGGGGGCUUGCAUUGGCAUUGCAGCUGUAUCUUGGCCAAUUGGUUGUGUUGUGAAGUGCAUUCCAGUGUACAGAAAGCAGUGUCCAAGCAAAGAGCUUCUGGAUCCUGAAAAUGCAGUCACUGAUCAGUAAUAAUAAAUAGACAUAUUUAGCCUUCUCAAUGAUCAGGCAAAGAUUAAUUUCUUUUUUUUUUUCCUAAAUGCAUGCAGCAGACUAGCAGUUGAUACUGUUUGCAGUUUCUUCUAGGGAAAAUCCAGAUCCAAAUAUUGUAAUGUUCUACUUAAUGAAAGCAAAACUUAUCAUGUUUUUAGUCUUUC